AUUCUUGUAUUGGACGCAACAGAUAAUGAACCUUGGGGUCCUCAUGGCUCUGCGCUGGCAUAUAUACCACAUGCCACCAAAAAAUUCACUGAAUGCCAGAUGGUUAUGAGUGUUCUGUGGACAAGAUUGGGUGAAACUGGGAAGGACUGGCGUUAUGUUUACAAGGCAUUAGCUGUUAUAGAAUAUUUGGUAUCACAUGGCUCUGAACGUGCAGUUGAUGACAUAAUAGAACAUACUUUCCAGAUCUCAUCUCUCACGAGCUUUGAAUACGUUGAGCCAAGCGGAAAAGAUAUGGGCAUAAAUGUCCGGAAGAAGGCAGAAACCAUUGUGACCCUUUUGAACGAUAAAGAAAAAAUUCAAGAAGUUAGGAACAAAGCAACUGCAAAUCGUGACAAGUACGUUGGUCUGUCAUCUACUGGAGUAACAUACAAGUCAGGUUCAGCCUCAUAUAGUGGUGGGAGUUUUCAAGGUGGUGAGCGGUAUGGAGUCAUAAGUGGUGACAGGUUCAAAGAUAGUUAUAGAGAAAAAGACCACGACAGAGAAGAAAAGAUUGACAAGGAUAGCUAUGGAAAAUCAAGCAAGGGGUUUAAAAGUGAUGACCGAGCAAAUGCUUCAAAGAGGAAUCCUGCACGGUAUGAAUCAGCAACUGGAAGCUCUAACCAAGUGGAUCUGUUUGGUCAAAGUUUAAUUGGGGAUCUCUUGGAUGCACCAAUAUCUGGACCCACAGAAACAUCUGUUGUAAAUAACAAUUCAGUAGAUGUUGAUCUUUUUGCUGAUGCAACUUUUGUAUCAGCAUCACAUCAGGUGGAAACAGGAUCAAGUCCUCAGAAACAG